AUGACUCCUGAUGACCUCGGCCAGCUGUCGGAGACAAGCCAGGCCAUGGGCAAGCCCAAGUAUGUGGGACAAGGAGAUCGAUUCAUGAUCAGGUUUUCUGGCCAGGAGAAGGUGGAGAUGCAGGCUCCACUCCAGGUGCCGGUGAAGCGCUGCGGUUCCCGGGACCUCGCACUGCGCGUGGCGGAGCUGUGCUACGAGCAGCUGGAGCUUGGGCGCACCAAGGCAGAGGCAAUGGAAUUCCGAGACAGCCUGCUGGGGCAGUGCAAGGAGCUGAGCCCAGGCAAGAGCCCGGGCAAGAGCCCGGCGAAGAGCCCCGCAGAGCCUGCAAAGGAGGACAUCCAGAUCGCUGAUGCCCAGGCAGAGGACCUGGCCUCUCGCGCCAUUCGCAUGGCGGCGGAAGCGGCGCGGGCCGCGGCUUUGGCCGUGAGCAAGCUCACCGCCCCGGCAGUUGCUCCGGUGGAGGUGGAGGAGGUGGAGGAUGGGCAACAGGACUCGCUCAAAAAGAAGAAGCGGGUUCUGUUCAACGACGGCCGGAUCGAGGGCCGAGCCUCGGGCCUGCCGAACGCCUCCAUCAAUGGGGUCUACGUGGCCAAGGACAAGACGCAGCUUUUCCACGGCCGCCGUUGUUGGGAGAAGCUCGGGGCUUCUCCCGCAGAGCACCGGCGCCUCUUCUACAGCGCGCCCUUGGCCAAGUGGAAGAUCUGUGAGCGCUUUGACGACACUGCGCCGGUGAUCGCUUACGCGCCGGUGGAUACCUUGGGCCACCUUCCGCCUGCAGGACCCGAUGUUCAGUGGUACGUCUUCGACGGCAGCUCCCACGUGCUGGACCCGGCGGUCCACUUCCUGGAGCAGCAGCCGAGCUCGAAACGCCAGAAGCCCUCAGAGCCCAAAGCCAAGGACUUCGAAAUGUCUCAGCUGGAACUGGCGGAAUUGCACUACAAGCAGUGCCUGGAGAUGUACCAGGUGGGCAAGAAGAUGAGUCCGCAAGAUGCGUCGUCGGCGGCGGUGAUUUUGGGCCGUGUGGUGUCCAAAAAGAAUUACCUCAUCAACGGCGUGUACCUCCAACGUGCUGGAAAGUUUCAUGGCGCUUUGUGCUACCAGAAGAUCAGCGCGAACGACAAGGGCCACAAGUUCUUGCUCUUCUCAGCCACCAAGUCAUCCUGGAGGAUCACUGACAAGAUCCAGGACCAGCAGAGCUUUGCUUAUGCCAGAGUCGAGGACCGCGGAGUGGAUUCCCCCGCGGAUCUGCCGCGAGGCUACCUGAUUUGGAAGGUCUACCAAAGCAGAGAGGUGGGCUAUGUCAAGGAUGACGAGGUGUACUGCUGCAGGCUCGACCUAGACGCCCUACUGGCCCGGGCCGAAAGAGCCAAAGCGGCGCUGGAGGCUUGCAAAAUGAGCGAGGAGCCAGAGCCCUUGUCCGACGCGCCAUCCGUGCGGGUGGCUGCGGCCUUGGCAGAGACAAAGACAGAUGCUGCAGGUCGACGAUUCCGGGCGGCGCAAAAGACAGCUGAAGGAGCCGCCGAAGACUUUGUGGUGCGCACGCCGCCGGAGUCCAACUCGGGGCAUGCCGGACAUGGGAGCUUGAGUGCGCAGCCAAAGGGCCUGCUGGUGAGCUCCGACGAGGAAGAAGGUGUGGUGGUCGUGGAGCCCCGGCGUCAGGAGCCGAGGACGGAGAAGCCCACUGUACGGGUCAUUGUCAAGUCUUUGGCAGACCUGGAGGGGCCCAAGCCCAAGGUGCUAUGGCCAAAGAGAGCCUGCGCCAAGAUGCUGGUGCGAGCUGGCUCCCGCUGCAGCUGCUGCUUCAGGCCCAUUGAUUGGUGUGAGAAGCGCUGA